GUUUGGUUCCGAGGAAAAGAUGUUGCUGAGAUCCUUGGAUAUAGUGAUACUCGCCAUGCAUUAAAAAGGCAUGUAUCAAAAGAAAACAAAAUGAUUCAUCUUAUACAACCCAAAAGCUGCCCCUGGCGUGGACGUUUCACCCCCUCCGGUCCAACAAGGUAGAUGGUACACUUUUAUCAAUGGGCCUGGCUUUUAUGAACUAGUAUUUAGCUCCAAAUUAGAACUUGCUAAAAGAUUCCGUCAAUGGGUUUUCACCACUGUCCUCCCAUCUAUCCGUAAAUAUGGCCAAUACAAACUAUUUGAUAGUCCCUGGAAUAAGAUGAUUAUGAUUGGUAAUGAGACUGACCUCCAUUAUAAAGUAGUGGACCUCAUAAGGAAAUACUAUCCAGAUACUAUAUUAGUAGCAGGACUGGGGGAGAAUCAGGAUACUGAGAAUAAAAGACUGGAUUCAUAUAAAAAAGGAUAUAUGAGAGGACAGCCUGAUCUAUUGGUACUUAAUUAUCACAAAGAUUAUAAAGGCCUGGGCAUAGAAUUCAAGAGUCCUACAGGUAACUACUAUGUAUCAGAAGCCCAAAAGGAGAUGAAGAAGAAGCACGUU